CAGCUGACUCACAACACUGAACCAGAUCCCGCACAGACCCGCAGCCAGCCGCUACACAAUAGACACGGAGAACAAUAGCGGCGCGCUGCUCGUUAUCCACAACAUCUGAUGCAUGUUCAUGCGGUGAUCUGCGGUGCAUAGUUCCUGUGGAGGGUUAUAACCAAGUGUGGCUUUAAAACCCUGCUCCUCCGGUAAAUGAGCGGUUUGAGGUGUUUUGAACCCCCCCGGGAAGAAGAGCAGAGGAACACGUUGUAACGUGCUGAGGAGGGAGAGAGAGGUAGACUCACACAGGAGAGAGAGAGAGAGCGAGAGAGAGAGAAGAGAGAGAGGGGGAGAGGAGUGAAUGGGCACGACUCACUGCGCCCUUCACUUAUCGAUAUCGAUCAGUUUGGUAAUCGAGACAUUAAACCCACAACGGGUCCGUUAGGUGAGCCUGGGAGCUAGCCGGAGCACCAGAGGCUACCACGAUGGGACGCGUGUGAAGCAGCCCGGAGCUAACAGCAGCCUGGCGGAGAAAGGAACAAGGAAGCGGACAGCUAGCUGCGCUGCACCGAAGCUAACGUUGGCUAACUGUUGGCUAAUAUUAUUUCUAAUGAGCGACCGAGGAGCAUGCGACCUGAUACGAAGAGCUGACUUGUUCGGGGAUGUCGGGCAGUAAGGCGCUGGGUGGGGGGGCUGGCGGGGGGGCGAGGCGCAGGCGGACGCGGUGCCGGCGCUGCCAGGCCUGUAUGAGGACAGAGUGUGGAGAGUGUCACUUCUGUAAGGACAUGAAGAAGUUCGGAGGGCCCGGCCGGAUGAAGCAGUCCUGCCUCCUGAGACAGUGCACAGCGCCGGUGUUGCCUCACACGGCGGUGUGUUUUGCGUGUGGCGAGGCGGGGAAGGAGGACACCGUGGACUCGGAGGAGGAGAAGUUCAGCCUCUCUCUGAUGGAGUGCACCAUCUGUAACGAGAUCAUCCACCCCAGCUGUCUGAAGAUGGGCAAAGCUGAAGGAAUCAUCAACGAUGAGAUCCCAAACUGCUGGGAGUGUCCCAAGUGCCACAAGGAGGGCAAGACCAGUAAGGACCAGGCCGACGGCUCGGGGAAGCGCCGGCUGGAUAACGGGGAGGUAGGUCGCUGGAAGCUCACGGACGACCCUCCCCCUAAAAAGAAAGCCCUUCCCUCCAUGGACGAGGGGGGGAGGACGGAGGGGGGGCACAAGAGGAAGAAGGAGAAGGAGCUGCCUCAGGACAGCGGGCCCAAGAAGAAGAUGAAAGGAGCCCAUGAAAAACGCCUCAAAAAGAAACCCAAACAGGAGGCGCUGGAGUCCAACGGCCCCGCCUCCUCGGCUGGAGGAGGAGCUGGAGGACUGCAGGGCUCCUCCACUUCUUCUUCUUCGCAGCCCGGAGGAGGCGGUGGGGGAGGAGGGGGAGGAGCAGGGGGGACGUCGAGUGCAGACCAGCGCUCCCACCACAGAGAGAAACUGGAGCGUUUUAAGAGGAUGUGUCUGCUGGAGCGUCGGGCCUCCUCCUCCUCCUCCUCCUCCUCCAGCUCCGAGUCUGACUCCGAGUCUGACUCCGAUGAGUCCCUGAGGGGGGAGCAGGGGGGAGGCUCCUCGCCGUCGUCCUCUUCCCCCGCCCCGCCUCCUCCUGUUGUCUACGGGAACAGCAGCGGGGGCCGAGCGGAGAGGGAGAGGAGUCGCAGCGAGCGGGAGAGAGAGAGGGAGCGGGACAGACGUCUGGCCGAGCUGGGCUUCAGCGCCAGCGAGGAGUCGGAGGGGGAGGGAGGGAGGGGGGAGGAGGAGGAACGUGAGGAGGAGCAGGGAGGUGGAGGGGGGGACAAGGUCCGGCGGAGAGGAGGAGAGGCGGGGAUACCGCCGCGAGGACGGAAAGGAGGGCUGUUGGAUGGAGAGGAGGAGGACAGGACCAGGAAAAACUCCGCCUCCCUCCCCCCGCCCUCACCCCUCUCCUCCAAUCAGAUGACUCCGUCCUCGCAGCAUGACGGUUUCCCGGGGAAGCAGCGCAGCAAUGGACAGGAGGCGCGCAACGGACGGACACGAGGAGGGACGGGAGGGGGGAGGGAGGGAGGGGAGAAGGAGAAUGCGAGCGGGGUUCUGACCAAUCACAGACACAGUGGGGGAGGAGGGGGUGGGACUAAAGGCAGCGGGAGUCGUGGCAACAAGAUCCGUAGCAACAGCAAGAACCAGGUGUCCAGGAACAUCUCCUCCUCCUCCUCCAUCCCCACCUCAAACGGUGGUGGAGGGGGGGGCCCAGGGGGAGGCGGCCUGAUGAUGUCAGCGAUGGCAGCGUCUCCCUGCUCUCAGCCGUCGCGCAUGGCGCCCCGCUCCCAGAUGAUGAAGCGAAGCCCGCCGGCCGUGCCCUCGCCCCCCCGUCCCGUUCAGAUGGAGAGGCACCUGGUGCGCCCGCCCCCCACCUGUCCUGAGCCCAGCUGUCUGCCUCUGGACUGUGGCGCCUCCCACAUCAUGACCCGGGACGUGUGGCUGCGAGUCUUCACCUACCUGAGCCACCGCGAGCUCUGCGUCUGCAUGAGAGUCUGCCGCACCUGGAGCCGCUGGUGCUGUGACAAGAGGCUGUGGACUCAGAUCGACCUGAGCCGGCAGCGCUCCAUCACCCCCCCCAUGCUGAGCGGGAUCAUCCGCCGACAGCCCGUCUCCCUCAACCUGGGUUAUACCAACAUCUCCAAGAAACAGCUGAUGUGGCUCAUCAACCGCCUGCAAGGUCUGCUGGAGCUGAACGUGUCUGGGUGUCCGUGGCCGGCGGUGUCGGCUCUGUGUCAGGCCGUCUGUCCCUGUCUGAGGCUGCUGGACCUCAGCAGAGUGGAGGACCUGAAAGACUCGCACCUGAGAGAGCUGCUCGCCCCCCCACCUGACACCAGGACAGCUCACGGUGAAACCAGAGUGGGGCGUUUCCAGAACGUGACCGAGCUGCGAUUGGCCGGUUUGGACUUGACAGACGCGUCGUCUCGUCUGCUGGUGCGUUACGUCCCUCACCUGACCAGGUUAGACCUGAGUCAGAGCGGAAACAUCACGGACCAGACGGUUCACACCCUCACCUCCCCCAUCUCCCCCCUGAGAGAGAGCCUCACCCACAUCAACCUGGCAGGUUGUGUUAAAGUGACGGAGCAGUGUGUCCCGUUGCUGCGGCGUUGCUCCUCCCUGCAGACGGUCGACCUGCGCUCCUGCUCCCUCCUCUCCUCUGAGACCGGACAGCUGCUCUCCUUCCCCUCCCACACCUCCUCCUCCUCCUCCACAUCCUCUUCCUCCACGCCCUCCUCUUCCUCCGCCGCUGCCGCCACCAUCGCUGCUUCAUCCUCCUCUUCCACGUCUGCCUCCUCCUCCUCCUCCUCCUGUCCUCCUGAAGACAGAACACUGCUGAAGAACAGCUAAAGUCCUCCUCCAUGUCAUGUGACACUCGGUCCAGACGGCCUGAAAGCCCCGCCUCCCACCUCGUUACACUACAGACAGGUGAGGAAGAGGAGGAAAGGACCUGUGCAACAAUUCUCCUGAAGCUGGAAUCGACCGAGGAAGAGAAGAAGAAGAAGGAGGAGGAGGAGGAGGAGGAGAAGGAGGAGAGACAUAUUUUGGGAAAAAGUUGUCGGUAAUAGUUAAAAAAUAGAAACCCUGAGCAUGUACAUAUUUGUUCUCUGUACAAUUUUGGGUGUGUGUAUAUAUCUGUAGUUUACUGUAAAUGACCCUUAACCUCUGAACCCUCCCCUCUAAAACACUCCUUUCCUUCCCUCCUUCCCUUCCCUCCUUCCUUCCUUCCGUCCUUCCACCCUAUGACCAAUCAUCACGCCCGGCGUCCACCUGCUUGUCUGUAGCUGCAGAACAGGGACAAAUGUGGAAACUCCCUCCUUCAUGUUCCAGAUUGUAGUUGUUGUUGCCCCCCCCACAAACACACACACACACACACACACACACACACACAGGAAGUCAGUCGUAUGUUUUGAUAGUUUCCAUCUUCAACAGUCUGACGUUUGUGUCUGUGCAGAGUCAGAAUGAAAAUCAGACGGUGCUGGAGCUAGGCUAACAGUUUCCCUCUGCUUGCAGUCUUUGUGCUAAGCUAGGCUAAACAUGUGUGUCUCUAAACUGGUGUCUGUCUCGAGGGGGGGCUCGUUUUCUGAAUGAAGGGGGUUUAAAUGUGAUGAACAGAUGAAUCAGAGUGAAUCUUCUUUGUGAGUUCAGCUGAUUCAGGUUCAGUCACUUGGAUCUGAACUGAGAGUCCAGGUCCUGGUUGUUCAUGACGCUGUGACGGGGGGGGGGGGGGGCAGAAAACUCAACGCUACACGGCAACAUGACGUCACGUGUACGAACCUUUUCAUUUCAAAUUCAAACCUCAAACCAAACGAGACGGACGUCUGAUGUCGUUAGUGUUAGUUCAUAUUAAUGAUUCCUCUGGUGGGGGGGCGACAUGUUGAGGUUCAGGUGUUGCCUUCAGGGCCUCCAGUAAACCCAGAUCCGUCGGAUGUGUUACAGUGUUUUCAGUCUGAUGUCGAUCGAACAGACGGGGGGGGGGGGUCAGCUCAUCAUUAUUUCCUGGGUUAAAGACAGAAUGUAAAUGGUUAAAUUAGUUUAUAGAAGAAAAGUGCUCAGAGGUCAGAGGUCAGAGGCUGCGAUCAGAGCUGAAGCUGAGCAGAAUGAAUGUACCUGAACCAUCCAGACUGUGUGUGUGUGUGUGUGUGUGUGUGUGAGUGUGAGAGAGAGAGAGUGUGUGUGUGUGUGAGAGAGAGAGAGUGAGUGA